AUGUGGUCAAUGCAUCCUUUCACGGAUUUAACUGACUCGGGUUUUCGGGAUAACGAGAUCCCCACUGGCCUGCAAAGCACUCCCAGCACCAGUACGGGGGCCAGUCCCGACGAUACCUCGUCGGAUUCACCGGGGUGGUAUGCCACGCAGUCUCCCGACCUGGACGCCCAAAUCAAGGCCUAUCAACGAUCGCAUACCUUCGACCAAACCGUACAAGCCCAACUCGACGAAGUGAUGGAGAUUCCCAAGGUGGAGGAGGCCGACGAGGACUUGCUGAGCAUCCGCCCUGACGCCGAGACGGGCACUCCCGCUGCCGUUCCACGGAAACGUGGUCGUCCGCGCAAACAUCCCCUGCCCGUCCCCGGCAACCAGGCCAAAAUCACCAAGGGUCGCUCCAAGACCGGCUGUAUCACCUGUCGCCGCAGGAAGAAGAAGUGUGACGAGACCAAGCCGGCAUGUCUCAACUGCCAGAAGAAUGCAGUGGUCUGUGAAGGCUAUCCGCCCAAGGAAAUCUGGAAAAGUGGCCGACAGAAGAUGGCGAACGUGCGAUCGCAGUCCCUUGCGUCCAUGCCGCGUAGCCUACCCCUCCUCAUCGACGGCAUUGAGACGGAAGUCGACCGACGUUUUCUCGACCAUUUCGUCUACGGCUUCAGUCGCGUACUGACUCUCAUUAACGAUGACUCAAAUCCCUUCAAGGAGAUCCUGCUCCCCAUGGCCACCCAGCACCGAGGAUUGAUGCAUUCGCUCAUGUGUCUAUCCGGGUCGCAUCUGUCCGGGCUGGAUCCCGAACCGAAGCUGAAGGAGCGCAAAUAUUUCCAUUUCCACCACGCGAUCCAGGAUCUCAAAGACAACAUCAAUGCCUCGUCCGCCGCCAAGAGCCCCGACGGCGAAGACGAGCCCCUGCUGGUCGAAGACCCCAUCAUCGCCUCCACCAUCGCCCUCAGUUUGAACACCAUCUGCGAAGGCGAGGUGAAAGGCGAGUACCGUCCGCACAUGGAUGCCGCCCGCUAUCUGCUGGUGUCCCAGAAGCCCCGGAACGAAAAGUUCCGCCAGUUCAUCGUCGAAUUCUUCCAGUACCACGAUGUCUCCAACUCCCUGACCUCCCUCGACCGCCGCCCCAACCUCUUCGCCAGCGAUCCCCACCUCCCCAACUUCGUCCCGGGCGCGGCCGGCCCGUCCCCGGGAAUGUUCGUUGGUGUCUUCGACGGGCUGUUCAACUACAUUGCGCAGAUCACCCAGCUGCGGGACCGCAUCCGCGAACGCUUCAACGAGGGCUACGAGCCUGCCGUGGACUACCAGACCCUCAGCGAGGCCGUCUCCAUCGAUACCGCCAUCCGGAAAUGGGAGACCUCCCACGAGCCAGAGACCUCCAACUGGUGUCUGGCCCAGUUAUACCGCCAGUCGACCUGGGUGUAUCUAUACCGGACGAUCCGGCCCUCGCGACCGAGCGAGAAAAUCGCCCAGGUCGUCAACGAUGGCCUCGACUACUUGGAGCAGCUGCCGCAAGAUGCGGGGGCCUACAGUAUUGUACUGAUGCCACUGUUCCUGCUGGGCUGCUCGGCCUUCCUGACCGAGCAGCGUGAGCGCAUUAAGCGUGGCUUUGAAAAUCUCCAGUCCUACUCCAACCUGCGGAAUAUCGAACCUGCAUUGAAGGUUGUUUCCCGCGUCUGGGAUGUCAUGGAUACCCAGAUCGAAGAGAGCUGGGACUGGGAGAAAAUCAUCCGUGCUAUGAACAUGGAUUUCUUGAUCACUUGA